UUCACCAGCAACAACGUGCUGAUUUAACCACGCGGUAGCUUGCUAGUUAACAUAAAACCUGAAACAUUGAAGCUUUUUAGACCAAUCUUGUGUAUAUUACUCUUUGUGUUUAGAACAAACAUGUGUUUACGUUUUUACUAGUUAAUUUAAACGUAAUGUGCUUGUUAAAUUUGCAAAUGUGUUAAAUUGUUACUGCACUAAGCUAAUCGUCCGGAUCAUGAGGUCACUAACCUCGACGGAGAAAGAAGCUGUGAUGAAAGGAGAGGAAGAGGAUGAUAUUACAGUGAAAGAUGUUGUCAAAAAGGAGGAAGGUGCCAUAACAUCGGAAGAACAUUUUAGAGUAAAAGAGGAAGAGGAGGCUAUCUCAAUAAAAGAGAAGAAGGAAGACGUUUUGGGAGUGAAAAAGGAGGAGACUGAAUAUCAGAUUAAGACCAGAGACAGACAUGACUAUUAUGGAUCCUCUGGGGAGCCUCAACAACAUCCUGAUGCUGACGAGGCAGAGAAGAGUCUCUCCAGAUCAGAACACCAGAUGGACAACGCUAGCCCUUCCUCCCUCCCAGAGUCUCCCGGUAACAACUUACUGCUGGGUAUAAAGAGGUUGUCUGUGCUGCUGGUGGACUGCAGGAAAACAACGGAGCUGAGUGGAACUGUGAGAGGAGGAGAAGAGAAGAAAGGAUCAGAUUUGACUCAACAAACAGGAAAACCAAACUUGGAGAAACCAGAAACGUCCAGACCAGCAAGACAACACCUCUGCUCCCACUGUGGAAAGAGUUUUAACCAGUUCGUUAGCAUGAGAAGACAUGAGAGAAUACACACAGGGGAGAAGCCACACCAUUGCACACAGUGUGGAAAGAGUUUUAACCAGUUAGGAAACAUGAAAUCUCACAAACGAAUACACACAGGGGAGAAGCCUUUCCAUUGCUCCCAGUGUGGAAAGAGUUUUGGAGAGUCAGGAAACCUGAAUGCCCACGAGCGAAUGCACACAGGGGAGAAACCUUACCACUGCUCCCACUGCGGAAAGCGUUUUAACCAUUCAGGAAAGCUGAAAGAACACAUGAGACUGCACACAGAGGAGAACCCUUACAAAUGCUCAGACUGUGGGAAGACAUAUUACUCAUCAUGGUCACUUAAACGUCACGUGAGAAUCCACACGGGAGAAUAAUUACUUCUCUUAGUGUGUAGGUUUUUCACAUCACGUUGACUUAAAAUUCAUCAGAGAACAUACACAGUGCUCCCGUUGUCUUAUAUUGUUGACUGACAAUGUGUUUACCUGUCUUUACCAUAUGUAAAUAAAUGGUACAGGGUAUACUCAAACAUAUAUUUGUGUGUUUUUAUUAGAAAACAUGAAUUGAGUAUGUAAGUUUGAAUAUAGAGUAGUAUAUUAUUUUUUAAGCUCUUUGUGUGUUUAUCUUGAAUAUAGAGUAGAUCAGAUUCCAACUGUUUAAAUGGUCCUUUUUUAAACUCUGUGUUUAUCUGACUGUGUGUGUUUAUCUGGGUGUGUCAUUCCUCCAGCACUACAGAUAAUCAAGUGAUAUUUGGAUGUGAUGCAUUUGCUACAUUGUUGACAUUUGCAUUGUUGGCCCACUGAUGAUUUAAUGAAAUGAAAAUGUUCAGACUCUGUAAUGGAAAAUCUGUCCUCUUAUAAUCUCCUGUUCUUGGGACUAUCAUCCUGUGUUGCAAACCAAUUUGCACCUGUGUCCUUGUAUGAAUAAAGUCCCUCCCAGGAACAGGAAACUAUAAAGAUAUGUGCUCAUCACUCAAUGCUUCAGGAAUUCAGACUGUCUACACUGCACUGUGUAACUCUGUUAUUCACUCUGAACUCAGAAAUAAAG